GUGUGUGCGUGUGCGUGUGUGUCAGGCUUCACAUGCUCAGCGAGUUGGAGCACAGCUUCACGGAGCUGCAGAGCUCCGCCCCCAGCCUCAGCCAGCUGCCGCCUCACUUCACUGACCGCCUGGAGAUGACCCAGAACUCCUUCAGGGCCAAGGAGCCGAUCCUGGCCCUGCGCCGCGCCCUGCUCAGCCUGGGGCCGCAGUCCAGGAGCAAGGAGCUGGUGGGGGAGUGCUGGCUGCAAAGUGCCCGCGUGGCCAGGAAGGCGGGACAUCACCAGACGGCCUUCAACGCUCUCCUGAACGCAGAGAACACACACCUGGCCGAGCUGGUGACCGAGAAGGCCAAGUGGCUUUGGUCCAAGGGCGAUGUACACGAGGCGCUGAUCGUGCUGCAGAAAGGUGUGACCCAGUGUUUCCCUGACGACCAGCCGCUGACGGACCCCCGCAGCCUGCAGACUAAAAGCAGGGCCAUGCUGCUGGUGGGACGCUUCAUGGAGGAGACGGCCAACUUCGAGUCCAACGCCAUCAUGAAGGCAUACAAGGAUGUGACCAACCUCCUGCCUGAGUGGGAGGAUGGAAACUUCUACUUGGCCAAGUACUACGACAAAGUGAUGCCAAUGGUGACUGAUAAUAAGCUGGAGAAACAGGGGAACCUCAUCAGAUACAUUGUGACUUACUUUGGAAAAGCCUUGCAGUUUGGAAACCAGUACAUCUACCAGGCCAUGCCUCGCAUGCUUUCUCUCUGGCUGGAUUUUGGAGCCAAAGUGUGUGAGUGUGAGAAAGCUGGCCGGGCGGACAGGCAGAUGCGACAGGAGCUGGGCAAAAUCAACGCUGCGGUGAGCGAGCACUGCGACAACUUAGCGCCCUACCAGUUCCUGACGGCCUUCUCCCAGCUCAUCUCCAGGGUCUGCCACUCCAGCGACGAGGUCUUCACCGUCCUCAUGACCAUCGUGGCCAAAGUCUUCCUGAAGUACCCCCAACAGGCCAUGUGGCUGAUGACUGCUGUCUCCAAG